AUGGAAAUCAUUACGGAGAGGUUCUACUCGAACCUUUUCCGUUCAUCAACUCCUGUGUCAAGCCCAAUAUACCCCACUGGCGAAGCUCCACCACGGAUUCUCCCUUCGGAAGUACGAGUUGCUAUCAAGAGCAUGAAACCUGGCACAGCCCCCGGACCUGAUUUUAUAUCAGCAGACUUUCUUCGGGCUGGUGGCCAUCCGCUUCAUGUAAUCUUAUCAGCGCACAUGACAUCCUAUCUUCAGAAAGAAAGGAUCCCAGACCAGUGGAAAACUUCGCGAACCCUUCUUAUCCAUAAGAAAGGUGACCGAGAAGACCUUCGGAACUACCGUCCGAUAAGCUUGCUGAGCGUGUUAUACAAAGUAUUCACCAAGAUCAUCCUCACACGCAUAUCUAGGACGCUGGAUGAAGCCCAGCCUCAAGAACAAGCUGGAUUCCGCCAAAGCGUAGAAACGAAUGCAAUACUGUCAGCGCUGAUCGAUCAAGGUGUGGACGCGUCGUAUGUGAGGACAUUAGCCAAUUGCUACGAACGAUGCACGACUAGGACACAGCUUUUCCACCGCCCUCUCACCAUACCCAUUGGAAAGGGGGUACGACAAGGCGAUACUAUAUCGCCGAAGCUGUUCACGGCUGCAUUGCAAUGGAUAAUGAAAUCACUAUCCUGGGAAGAAAGGGGCAUACGUGUUGAUGGAAGAUUUCUUUCGAACCUUCGUUUCGCGGACGACAUCGUUCUCUUUUCGAGCAGUACCAAUGAAGCAGAAACGAUGCUCAACGAAUUGAACCGAGCAGGGAAGAGAAUAGGUCUGCGGAUAAACAGAAAGAAGACACAGUUCAUGAGGAACGCCUACUGUGAGGACGGAGGAGUACAACUUGAAGGUUCCCAAAUCGUGGAAACUCCGUCAUACGUAUACCUCGGACGUUCUAUGAACAUGGAAAACGACUUGAAGGAAGAACUGAAUAGAAGAAUGAGAGCAGCAUGGGCAGCAUUCGCAGCCGUCAGGGAAGCUACGGACCAACUGACGGACCAAGAUCUUCGUGCCCAUCUGUUCGACUCGACAGUCCUUCCAGCGCUCUGUUACGCAGCAUAG